AUGUUGAACUGGUAUCAAGCCAAGCUGGCAAAGCGGCCACUCCUGACACAAGUUGUCACUACAGCGGUCCUCUUCGGUGCGGGUGAUACACUGGCGCAGCAAGCUGUCGAACGGAAAGGUUUGAGAAACCACGAUGUCGCACGAACGGGACGAAUGGUCUUGUAUGGCGGGUGCGUUUUUGGACCGGCAGCCACCAAAUGGUACUCGUUUCUGCAGAAAAACAUCAACCUUCAAUCACAUAACGCAACCAUUGCAGCCCGAGUGUUGGCCGAUCAAACUGUAUUUGUAUCAGCACAUUUGUUCCUCUUUCUUUCCAGUAUGUCGAUAAUGGAGGGCAGUGAUCCCCAGGAAAAGCUUGAAAAUAGUUAUAUGUCAGGUCUCAAGGCCAAUUGGGUCCUGUGGCCGGCGGUUCAGGCUGUGAACUUUAAGUUGGUACCAUUGGAGCAUCGAGUACUGGUCGUGAAUGUUGUCAGCUUGGGCUGGAAUUGUUUCUUGAGUUACUUGAACAGCUCCAAGUAA